AGAAGACGCGUUUGGAAUUUGGAAGGUUCAAACUGCAAACAUGUCGCAGGAAGUCUUGUUGAAUGUAUCCCCCAAAUUUACCUUCUGCCCCCUUCCAAACAGGCCUUUUAAGUCCCUGGAGAACAGAGACACCAGAGAGCUGCUGAUGAAAUGGUCUAUAAACAACAGAAUAUUAGCCCAAGCCUUCCGCUAUGAUCAGUAUUUUCAGCCCUAUCAAAAGCAUGAGUUUGUCCUGAACUUUUUUCAAGAUCCAAAUGUUGUGUCACAGUUGAAGUUAAUCUCCGACUCUUCUGGAGAAUGGAGGACUCUAGAUACUGAUGUGAAAAGGAUUGAAGCAAAACAAAUUACAUGUAGUCAACUAUCAAUGUCAUUGUUUGACCCCCUGUACUCUGAAGGAAUUGUAAGAGAAAGUGGACAUAUUUCGAAAUGCCUCGAUGAAUAUGUGGAUGAUUUUGUUAUCUCAGAUGAACUCCGUAAGGUCCUUCUACUUGAAGAUUUUGAAAAAUACGACCUUUUCAGCCAGUCUGAUAGAGAAGAAUUUCUGUUUCUCCUCUUCAAACAUCUAUGUCUUGGAGGAGCUCUGUGCCAGUACGAAGAUGCAAUUGACCCUUAUUUAGAGACAACAAAAUCUAUUUAUAAAGACCUUCUAAGUGUUCGGAAAGAUCCCGACAGCCAAGAGAUAAAUAUUAAAUCUUCUGUCUUCAAAGUAGCUGCAUAUGAUGACCAGGGCAGAUGUUAUCCAUCAUCCAAGCCACAUGAGCAGACAUUUGCUUAUUUGAUCGUAGAUCCAAUGAAGCGUCAUGUUAAUGUUUUGUACCAUUCUUUUGGUGCUGGAGACUUCUAAAGUCAUAACUCAAAUGACCUUUCUUUAUAGAAAAUUGGUCAGAUGACUCCUAUGUCAAAAUAUGUUCAACAACAG